GUGAGUGUAAUGGGUGUAUCAGUCUUACCAAACGUGCACAACACGAUGAAACAGUCAAGACGCUCUUUCCUGUUUAACAGUAACCACAAAGGAGAGAAAAUCGCCCCCUUUUACAUUUUUUAAGGGUGGAACUUAUUUAUAACCUGUUCCGUGUAACGGUGUAUUACUGACUCGAAAGACAAGCCGGGGCGGCUGAUUAGCUAACGUAGCUAAAGCUGCGAGGUACCCAAGAAGAGAGUGUGCAUGUUUACAGAGGAAGAGGUGACCCUGGAUGGAUUAAAGGUGCACGUUCGCGUUGCCCGAGAAGAAAUGAGGGCAUAAAGGCGAAAAACCGAGAGAAUGACGGCGGCGGCGGCGGCGAACGACGCGACCGCGACCCUUUCCGCGUGACAAGGGGAGCCGCUCGCGCGCUGUGUGUUCUCGACAACCGGCGGCUCCUCGCGAUGGAGGGAAAAGGCGACGAUGAACACAAAGGACUAUUUCUGACCGUUUAAAAAAGUAGCCAAAAAAGAGAAGCCUCUCACUAUUGUUCACGUUGUUAUGGUGGUACUCGCCUCACGGCCGCCUGUGUACGGUAAAAGGAGCGGUGUGUGUGUGUGUGACCGGACCGCAAUGGCAUCGCGGUUUUUCACGGGACCCCACGAGCCCGAGGCCGUGUAAAAAGUGCCUUUCUUAGAUUGAGAGCAAAACGGUUAGCGGUCUGCGGCGGCUAUCUGGGUCAUGACAGCUGGCACGGUGAUUUUGACAUUGUUGUCGACCACGCGUAACAGCCGCAGUCUGCAGAUGAUUUCAUAAGAGUGAGGAGGGCUUCGAUCUGUGUCAUACUGCAAGAACAAGGACCUUUACUUCACAGUCGAGGGCUUCGAUCUGUGUCGCGCUUCAGGAACCUUCAGAACGCCUUUCGUCUGUGUUUUGCUGUAAGAACCUUGAAAGAAGGGUUCAAUUUACUUCACCAUUGCAAGAAGACCCUUCACAGGAGUAGAGAGGGAUUCGUCAAGACCCCACAAUCCUCAGGAGUGGGCUUUGAUCCAUUUCACACUGCUAAAGACAACCUAGACAUCUUCGUCUACUCGGACCUCUCACCACCACCUAGGAGUACAAGCGAAGUGGAGCGUGUAUUUUUGGAUUCUUUGUGUGUGUUGUCCUGAAUCAAUUUGACUUGUAACUCAUGAUCCAUUUAUUGUCAUGUCAGUUGGUAAUAUUAGAACCUAAUUGUGGAAGUAAUACCCUGCUGGAGACAAUAGGGUUGCUGACCAGUGCUAUGUCCUAGUACUGCAGGGGUCUAAUAAGCUAUGCUUUUCAAGCAACUAGAGGUCCCAGGUGCAUAUUAAACAAAAGAAUAUCUUUGAGAAAGGAGUAAAUAACACCUUUGGGCUGCUGAACAUGGAGACGGUUGGAGAUUUUGAGUACAGCAGGAAAGACCUUGUGGGUCAUGGAGCCUUUGCUGUGGUGUUCAAGGGAAGACACAGAAAGAAGACUGAUUGGGAGGUGGCCAUCAAGAGCAUUAACAAGAAGAAUUUGUCUAGGUCACAGAUCUUGCUUGGCAAAGAAAUCAAAAUACUGAAGGAACUUCAGCACGAAAACAUUGUUGCUCUCUAUGAUGUACAGGAAACACCAAAUUCCGUGUUCCUGGUCAUGGAGUACUGCAAUGGUGGUGACCUGGCUGACUAUUUGCAAGCCAAGGGCACCCUGAGAGAAGACACGCUACGAGUCUUCCUGCAGCAGAUUGCUGCUGCCAUGCGCAUCCUCAACAGCAAAGGUAUCAUCCACCGAGACCUGAAGCCCCAAAACAUCCUCUUGUCUUACGUGGGCCGCAAGAAGUCCAGCCUCAAUGGGAUCCGUAUAAAGAUAGCUGAUUUCGGGUUUGCACGCUACCUGCAAAGCAACAUGAUGGCAGCCACUCUCUGCGGCUCUCCUAUGUACAUGGCACCAGAAGUGAUCAUGUCCCAGAACUACGAUGCCAAGGCAGACCUGUGGAGCAUCGGAACAGUCAUUUACCAGUGCCUUGUGGGCAAGCCUCCCUUCCAGGCCAACAGCCCUCAGGACCUCAGGAUGUUCUAUGAGAAGAACAAGACCCUGGUACCCAACAUCCCAAGGGAGACCUCGCCCCAGCUAAGCGACCUGCUCCUGGGCCUACUACAGAGGAACCAGAAGGACCGCAUGGAUUUUGAUGCAUUCUUCAGCCAUCCUUUCCUGGAGCCAACAUCCACCAUUAAGAAAUCCUGUCCAGUGCCUGUGCCCGCUUGUCCCAGCUCUGUGUCAGAUGGCUCCUGUGGCAGCUCUCCCUCCUGCCAUUACGUCUCUCCCCCGUCUCUACCUGACAUGCAGACACUGCCUGAGGAUGUGCUGUCCUCCCCCCCUCUUGGGCCCCCAAACUACUUGCAGCUGUCUAAGGAGUCGGGGGGGAGCACCAGCAGUAAGAACUCCUCCAGUGACACGGAUGACUUUGUCUUGGUGCCCCACCUCACUGGGGAUCAGUCCUAUGACAUGCCAAUGGGGGCCACGGGUCGCCGACCUUCCAGCGAGUUCCUUUUGUGUGGAGGGCAGCCGCAGCCAGCCUCAGGGCAGACGCCUAUGGUGUCUCCCCGGACAGAGACCACACCGAUUCCGGUGCCCACGCAGGUUCGUAACUACCAGCGCAUCAAGCAGAACCUGUCCAGCAGCCCGACCACCACCAUGUUUGGGUCACCAAGGUCAGGCACAGUACGGCGUUCCAGCACCAGUCCCAUGGGUUUCCCCAAGGCCGGUUGUGGCUCAGGCUCCCCAAGCCCGGCAGAUCCAGCCCAGCCCGUGGGUCGCCGCCUGUCCACGGGCUGCUCACGGCCCUAUUCCCCUUCCCCACUGGUGGGAACCAUCCCAGAACAAUUGGUCCAUUGCUGCAGCGCUCACGGACAAGGCCACGAGUCACGUAGCCGGAGCUCAUCUGGAGGGUCACCUGUGCCUCCACCUCCUCAUAUGAUGGGCGCCCGUCUCCAGAGUGCCCCUACCCUCACUGACGUUUAUCAAAACAAACAGAAACUUCACAAGCAGCUCUCAGACCCUGUAUACCCCACUGCAUCUGCCUGCCCCAGCAGCCACUCACCCCAGCUGGGCCGUCCUGGGAGCCUGGGUACCUCCCCCACCAAACACCUGGGCUCCUCCCCUCGCUCUUCUGACUGGCUGCAGAAGUCUCCACUUCCCACCAUCAUUGGCUCCCCUACCAAAACAAAUGCACCUUUCAAGAUCCCCAAGACUCAGGCAUCCUGUAACCUACUGGCACUGGCCUCCCAGCAGGGGAUGUCGGACAGCCCAACCCCCAGCAAGACAACCACUGACCCGCGGGACAUCUGCACGCACCACUGUAGCCCGUACCCCAGCUCUCGACAGCCAGCUCCCGAGGCAAGCAAGACCACUUUUGGCAGGUCUGUGAGUACUGGGCGCCUGUCAGAGCAGCCUGUCAGGAUCACGCUGGGUGGACAACCAUACCAAGGCAGCACAGACAGCCUCAACACAGAGAGACCCAUGGAUACAGCCCCAGCAGGAACAUCUGGGGCAAGUCCUCGCACGGUGCUCUUCACCGUGGGCUCUCCCCCCAACAGCAGUACUCCUCCUACCUGCAGCCACCUGGGCUCUCGGCCACGCACCACCUCAGUGGGUUCCAACAGCUCGGCUGGAUCCCUGUGCUCUACCAGCGGUCGGGUGUAUGUUGGCUCUCCACCCAGCAUGGCCAUCGGCAGCUCCCCCCCAGGGGCUGAGGCAGGUCCCAGCAGCCUGCGCUACGUCCCUUAUGGCACCUCCCCUCCAAGCUUGGAGGGCUUCAUCACCUUUGAGGCCCCUGAGCUCCCAGAAGAGACACUCAUGGAGCGUGAGCACACGGACACCCUGAUGCACCUGCGCAUGAUGCUGUCUUUCACUGACUGCAUGCUGGAGAUUGCAGCUGUGCGAGCCGGCGGCGCUGACCUGGGAGUGUCCAGUUCCCUCUACCCUCCGCAGGACAGUGUGGUGGUAGACCAGAUCAGCCAGCUCAGCAAGGAAUGGGGGCAGGUGGAGCAGCUGGUCCUGUACAUGAAGGCAGCUCAGCUGUUGGCUUCUUCACUGCAUCUGGCCAAGGCCCAGAUAAAGUCAGCCAAACUUAACCCCUCCACUGCUGUGAAGCAGGUGGUGAAAAGCUUGAAUGAGCGCUACAAGAACUGCAUUGCCCUCUGCCGUCGCCUCACUGACCGUCUCAACCACUUCUUUGCCGACAAGCAGCGCUUUGUGGACGAGAUCAACAGUGUGACAGCCGAGAAGCUCAUCUACAACCAUGCUGUAGAGAUGGUGCAAUCUGCUGCACUUGACGAGAUGUUCCAGCAGACAGAGGACAUUGCGUACCGCUACAACAAAGCGGCUAUGCUCCUGGAGGGGUUAUCGAAGAUCCUGCAGGACCCUGCUGACAUUGAGAAUGUCAAUAAGUACAAAGCCAGUGUGGAGCGACGCAUCUCGGCACUCUGUUAUUGCACCGUCACAUUGUAUGAGUAAAGGCCCAUGUACUCAGAGGGACCACCCAUCUCGUAAGAUGCGGACCACUUUCUGCCUGAACAGCAGCUGCCAGGAAACUCAUGUUGUAGCAGUUCAAGCAUUUUUGUUUUUUAAGGAGAAAAUAGGCCGAUUAGUAUUAUUGUCUUUUGCAUCUUAGACUGCACACAAAAGCAGGACAGGUGCACAAACUCAUUACCAAAGAUGAUGGUGUCUGGAAGAAAGGAGGAGCAAAAGCAACUUUCCUUUGCUCUAUGUUGAGAAAACAAACUAAAACACUUGUAGAGGGGGUGGGUUAAAAAAAAAGAAAAAAAAAAAACUGAGCAGAUUCGAAUCUCUAAUUUCCGCCCACUUUCAGUUCUUUGUCAGUGGCCAACUGAAUUUUAAAACGAAUCAAAUGAUCAGUGUGCUUGUUUUUAUUGUUCUAGCUGUUGCUUUUAUUUAUUAGGACUUGCUGAAGUAGAUGAUCACAGCAGUCUACCCAGUUCUGCUGUCACAUCACAUGACAGGGAAUGGGGAACAUCGGAAGGUGCUUUGUGUACUCUUGAUUGUCAAUUCCCUUGAGUGCUGGCUUGAAGGAGACAGUCUGGCCAACACUGAACCUACAUACACACACAGCAGUACGAAGAGCAGAGGGAGCCUGUAAGUUUGUAAUUAGUCAUUUUUGUUUGUUAGCUGAUGCACUUUAUACACACAAAGUGGAGGAAGAAAAUGGGACACUUCUUGAAGGCCGAAAAUUGAUACCCAUGGGGGAACGUGGGCGAACAGGGGAAUCAGUGACAAUCUCCGCUCUUGUGCUGUGAGCCCUCCAACCCCCACCCCUUCCAUCUGCCCAUAACAGCGCUGCUCCACACCGCCGGCCUGCAGCCAGCCAAUUGGCUAGUCCUGCCUCUAGUCACAGCAGGCCUGGCGCUUGGGCCGCUACACAGAUCUCUACAUCUCCAGUCUUCCCGAAACUACAGUCGGUCAGUGGAGCCGGGGAGGGAGAAUCGCAGAUCCACAGAAGCAGGCUCCGCGUUUCUCCCGCGUAACAAAGGAGGGUCCUCAUCACCCCAGGUGUGGAAACUGUGGUCUGUUGUCCAGGGCCUCCUCACCCCUCCCCAUGCCGAAUCAAAAAUGGUCAAAUUACUUGAGUAGUUUACAGAAGCUUUGUUUUAUUUUUAUGGUUGUAAUACUGUAGCUAUUUUUUGAGAAAUUGUUUGAGAAGUGUAAAAAUUUGAAUGUUGUGCAUGUGUUUUUUCCAACUGAAUGAAUGUGUGUGAGCACAGCGUGAGACAGGAGAUACUGAUUGGUGCUGUUGGUUGCCCCGCCUGUCAGUCAAUGAGCACAAACGUUUUUACAUGCUGACUUGUACUUAUCAAUUACUGCCAUAGACUCUACCCUGUUAAGUGGAGAGGUGCCUCGGAUUUCACAUUACACUGGCCCCUCAUAUUACAAAGAGUCAGGUUACGGUGGCAAGAUACCGACAUUUUCCAGUUUACUUAGUUUUGAAAGCAUUUUCUUUACUGAUGUAGUUUCCAAAAUAAAGAAUUUUUGUAAUUUUUAUUAAUUAGAGCAAAAGCAACUUGUGCACCCAUCUGAUACAUAGCAGUACGUACAGAAUUCACAAAUGGAAUGAGUGUGAGCCCAGGUUCAUUCAAAUCGCUUUUACAGUUGUACAUAGGUUGUGUCUGAUGUUGCUCAGUCUUGGUGAUCGGUAACAAUAUGAGGAAUGUGACAUGUUUGUGGGAUGAAUCGGUCAACACCCAUAGAAUAGGAGCUGAAGGAAACGACAAUUUCAAUAGUUGUAAGUUGGUUUUAGUGUAGGCUGAAGUUAAAAACAACGAGUCAUGCAAAGUAGUAUCUGUAUCCACACAUUUAGCAGACCCUAACUAUUUAAGAUUAAGCCUCUGAGUGUGAUUGUUAAAAGUGAUAUGUCAGUCAUAAACCAAACGAAUUUUGAACAGAGGUCCUCUCCCAGUGUGUUUGUAAGCUGAGAUGCCAGUGUAUGCAGCAGCUCCAGUUCCUUCCACUGACAGAAAUGGAGCACAUGCUCCUCCUGUGAAGAGAGAAGUGUAAUUUGACCACCAUGCCACCACAGAAAUCUCAGGCUUCACCUAGCAGCCAGUUCACCUCUGUUUCCGUGACUUCCGCUGUGCUCACAAUAGUGUUGGUGUGACAGAGCCCAUGACGUGAAAACAGGCCAGUUCAGAAAGCGUGUUUUCAAAUUGUUCUCAAGCCUGCUUAUGAACGUGCUCUCCCAUUCUUUGUGUGGAUAACCCCUUUGAUCAAAAUAGAACACACUGUAAUGCUGACACUAUUGUUUUUGUUUUUUUUUUUUUUUUUUUUUUUUUUUUAGAAAUGUUUCUCAUCUGACCCCCCCCCCCCCCCCCCCCCCGGUGAACACUCCUUACCACAGAAAGCCUUUACUGUACAAAGCAAUGAACAUUUGAGGUCGGACUGCAGUUCUACCCAGUUGAGGCAUAUUGUUGUUGUAGGUGACGCUGCCCCUGAAUGGAACCUUUCUGAUUGCGUACUAAAGAUUUACUGUUAAAAGUAUUGGCUCCAAGCACACAUUUUUCCUGUAGUUGUAGAAGGUACUAAACCCAUUAUAUUAACCCCUGUGGUGUUGAAAAUGAAUGCAAAUGACUUGUCAUGGUUUUCCCCCGGAACUUCUGAUUUAGUGUCACUGCAUUUCCAUGUAUAUUUUUAAAGGAACGUGUUAAGUUUUAAUAGAGCGAUGCUUAUUAAGGACAUCUGUGUUCUCUCUGGAACAGUAGAAAUGCAGCCUUUGGUUAUUAAAAAGAAAGGGAAACGCA